AUGAGGGCUGCAAAUUGUUUGCUGAGGAAGAACGCCAGAAAAUAUUUCAUGCUUUCUACAAUACAAAGAGUCUCCACUUAUAAAGGGAGUUCAUUGUACGUCAUAUCAAUGAGAAUGAUGUUAAAAGGAGAAGAACUGCUGCAAGAGAGUUCAGAAGAACAAGGACUUUGGCUUAUUGGUUACCAAAGGGCAUUACCAGUUUGUAAAAUUACGUUUCAGAACACACUGGCAGUUUCCGAAAAAGCAGUUCGGAUGGCAAUAAGCGCAAAAGCACGGUGGAAGGCAUUCGAUGAAUUUAUGAGAGCCUCAGCUCUGGCUCACAUACAAAAGUUCCCAAAAAUGGAGACGCACUAUUGUAGAAAAUCGACUUCAAAAGAAUAUUUACCUCCCGACUUAAACGUGAAGAAAAUGUUCAACUUGUACUAA